CCGUGUUUCGUCUCUCGAGUUGUGGGGGAUCUGCCAGAACACCGACCUCUUCCCCACCCCAUGGCCAACUGUUGCCACCGUUUCGCGUUGACUCGUUGCUCGCUCAAGGACGUCGCUCCCCCGUACGUCAAUGGCGCUUGAGUGAUCUUUGCCGUUUGGAAGUGAGACAACGAAAUGGAUUGUGUGGGAGAUUUUCACGAUCUGCUGUAAAAUGCUGUAUCUCGCUGGAUUUCUGCAGCCUACAGCUGGAGUUACUCACGACGGUAUCUUCCAUCACCAUUUCAAUGACAUGUGGAUCCAUGAAGGCACGGAUUUAGUGCGACGAUAUACCCGUCAACAGAGGUUCAACUUAAAGGGGAGUUCGAGAUGAAUUUGUUGGAAGCGUGGGAAUGGAGCUGUAUUACUAAUCGAACGGAUGUUUUACGAAGGGAGCACGAUAACAACGUAUACCGUGUGGGUGUGGGAAAGUCCUUGUGAGGAUAGGAGGGGGACCCACAAUCCACAAGACGAAGGUUGCUUGGAGACGUUCGUAUAAAACUUCGACGUUGUUCGUUGGACCAACAUUCUCAAUUCGUCUCCCGUUCCGGCCUGGCGUUUGCGUCCAACUGCUACGAUGCGUCUGUUUCUGGUGACGUUUGUGCUUGCAGUGGCCGUAGGCAACACCACCGCUGCCACCCUGCCCAAGCCACCGUCUGCCAAGGUUCUUGACCCACAGAAGUUUUUUCAGAUGACUUUUGGAGACAAAAAGGAGUUCUUUUGCAACACGUUUUGUCGCAACACUACGCUUAUAUGGUGCUCCCACUGCACUUCAACAACUACAAAUACAACUACGUCAAGUCCAGCUUCAGUGACGCGUCCGACUCCAACAAAUCCGACUUCCUCCAUCACUACAACGUCUGCUCCUAAUCCUACUCCUACUUCUAUUCCCACUUCUACUCCUGCUCCUGUUCCUACUUCUACUCCAGCUCCUACUUCUGUAUCUACUGCUAACAAUACAACAGCCUAGUAUUAAAAAUGUCAUGUAAACGUCAUGAGACUGUAAUAUAAGUCAAUAAAGUUUACU